AUGGAUUCGUCUGGCUCCCAGGAAAAGAAAAACAUCCCGCGCUUCGCCAGCUUCAAGCCUCGGCCAGCACCUCCGCCCGAAGCUGAUCGGCCGCCCGGGCGCCCCAGUCGCGACAUCUCCGACCGCGAGGAGAAGUCUAGCCACCGCUCGAGACAUCGAUCAAGACAUAGAAGCCAUCAUGACCGCUCGAGGUCCAGAGAGCGUCGCAGGGGCCACCGGGAGCAUCGUUCCUCUCGAAAUGAAGGAAGUCAUCGCCGCCGGGAGCCCACCUCCGAAUCUCCCAGACCAUCUACGUCGACCCGGACCCGCACCGUGAAGCAACCUCCCGACGAAGCCUCCGAUUUGUAUGUGAUUGAUAGUAAGGGCGAUCGUUACAACUUGAUCUAUGGCACGUUACAUAGAUAUAGCGUUCCACAAUAUUAUUGCGUCGGUCGAGGCAACGUCUUGGGCUUGCCUUCCAGCUACAAGAUCGACCGGGAAAGCGCUGUCGAGGACGUGUUGGUCGUCACGAACGAACACAAAGGGGGAAAGUCAAAGAAGAAGGCGAAGAAUCUUCUCGCAGGACUAGACAAGGGUAGAUCCCGGCUACUUCGGAUACGGCCAGAGUCGCUGGUGGAUGCAGCCGCAGAUACGUUACUGGACUAUAUUCCUUUGAGUGUGUCCAGCAAAGGAAAUCGCCUGGAUUUGUUGGAAGUCGACUCUGAUGAUGAAAAACACGCGUAUCGGUCGAUUCAUGGCAAAGCAAAGCCAGAGGAUGACUUGCCCAGUGAUGUUGAAGCCGUAUCCGGUACAGAUUCGGAUAGAGAGGGUGGCCGGAGUGACCCCAACCAGGAGAUCAAGCAGCGCAAUGCGGAAUUGCUUAGGAAUGUUGAAAAGAGCCCUGAUGAUAUUUCCGCGUGGCUCACGCUUAUCGACCAUCAGGAGUCGCUCCUCCGAGGAUCGGAGAGGGAAUCUGGCUCUCUGACGUACGCAGAAAAGAUGGGCUUAGCCGACAUCAAGCUAUCGCUCUACGAAAAAGCAUUGAAAAAAGUCGGAUCGAGCCCUGCAAAGGAUCGCCUUCUACUCGGCCUCCUCGAAGAAGGGGCAAAACUCUGGGACACCAAGAAGCUGUCUGCUCAGUGGCAGACGAUACUGAAGUCAAAUUCUGAGUACAUCAGCCUUUGGAUUCGAUAUCUUGACUUCCGUCAAACCGAGUUUCUGGGUUUUACGUAUGAGCGGUGCUUUGCGACCUUUCUGGAGUGUUUGAGACUCAAUAAGUUUUCUCCGGAGAAACCCGAGAAGACCCGGGUCCACUUGUAUUUGUUCCUUAGGCUGACGUUAUUCAUCCGGGAAGCUGGGUUUACGGAGCAUGCUGCGGCUCUCUGGCAAGGUCUUCUGGAGCUGACGUUCUACCGACCUGACUCGCUUGACGGAAGCAAAAGCUCAGAAGAGGUGAUACCAGCUUUCUUGGAGUUCUGGGAGUCGGAGGUCUCCCGCGUUGGCGAGGCGGGCGCUAAAGGCUGGAAGAACGAUGAGAAUGUCCUGCAAAAUGCUAGUUAUAGCGAGAAGCCUGGGUUUCAACUCAACUCGGGAGCCGUAUUCGCGUCUUGGGCACCCUGCGAAAAGGAGCGAACCGUCAAUGCUCGAUUGCCAGCCCGCAGUAUUGAUGACUCGGAGGAAGAUGAUCCAUACCGAGUCAUCAUCGCAUCCGAUCUUGAAGAGAUUUUGUCGCUGGCUUGGCAGGCAACCCCAGCAGAAGUGCUGAUUAAUAGCUUUUUCCAUUACUGUCAUCUCCCACCAAUUCCAUCGGUUGAGAACUUGGGUACGACGAGUCGCUGGAAUGGAGAUGGCUUCGUGAGGAACGAAUUUGCAAGCAGUUUCUAUACAACACUUGCGGACUGGCUCCCUGAUGUGGCUGCUGGCAUUGAGCCCACGGUCACAUCCCCUGUCCUUUUCCCUCAUCACAAUUUCAUCAUUACGCUAGAUACUUUGUUCGCUGACCCUACCAAUUGGUUCUAUGCCCUCAAAACCUGGAGCGACGCCACGUCUAAUUCACAAUCCCACGUCGACCCUGUGUGGGUCCGCAGGGUCGUCCGAUCGUUGAUAGAAGCAAAUCCGGAGAAUGAUGACCUUGCGGAAUAUGGUCUGGCUCUUGAACUCGCGUGUAAAAGCAAGGAUGCGAGGAAAUUCGCGAAAGCGCUGCUCAAGAAGCGAUCAUCUAGCCUGAGACUUUACAAUGCUUAUGCUCUAAUAGAGCGGCGCCUUGGCAAUCAAGCAGCUGCCGAUCAUGUCUGGGCGACCUCCCUCUCUAUGAGCAAGUCUUGCCCUGAUCGCGAUAGGGUGGACAGUAUUGUGGUAUGGCGCACCUGGAUUUGGGAGCUUCUGGAUGCUGGAAAUGCAACUCAAGCAUCUCAUCUCCUCCUUUCGAUGCCCCAGAAUAGCAUCAAUCUCAAGGUCUUUUCCGACGCUUCCAGUCACCCCUCCUUCAGUCCGACAAAUCUACUAAAGAUACAAAGUUAUCUUUCCGAAGCGCAGGAAACUGGUCUUGCAAACGAGAAGCCAACCGUCCUCACGUCGUGCAUAGACUGCCUAGCUAUUCUAUCGUACCUCUCCAACUCCCUCGACCUAAUCAGGCCCCUGGAUUACUAUCACAAUGCAUUUGCCAGGCUGGCUUCUCUACCCGACCAGUCCAAGUCCUUUGCAAGCUUCACGACCGAACUCCUCCAUCAAUCCCGAGCCCGACUUCUCUAUCACCACAUGCGCACCAGCGGCACCUACAAACCCUCACACAUUCGUUCCCUUUUAUCUGAAAGCAUAUCAAUUUCCCGCCACAACACCAUAUUCCUCUCCCUUUUCGCCUGGAACGAAUCGCGGUUUCGCAUCGAAGAACGCGUCCGGGACACAAUACGAGACAUCACUAGCAUUAACACCAACGCAGACAGUCUCACAGCCGCUCCAGUCCCCAUAACGACGCACCUCUUUUCCAUAUACACCGAACUAAACCGCCCCACCUACGCCGGCUCAACGAUGCACUCUGUCCGCGCUGCAUUCGAAAAAGCCAUCGGCGAUACCGUCCACCAAGGAUCCAACACCUCUACUGGCCACUCUAGCAUCACCAUCUGGAAACUCUACAUACUCUUCGAACUGUCUCGUAACGACAUUCAACGGGCUAAGAACAUUUUCUACCGCGGAAUGCGCGCGUGCCCCUGGUCGAAGGAGCUUAUUAUGCUUGCGUUUACUCAUCUCCGGGCGGAUGUGAUCCGGGAGCAGUAUCCGCAAGAUAGUAGAAAGGGUGACGGUAUGGGAUUCGAUGAACUCAGGCAUGUGUACAACGUGCUUGUUGAGAAGGGGCUGCGGAUUCAUCUGGAUAUCGAGAAUGAGCUGGAUGAGAUUGCGGUGGAGAUGGAGCGGAAGAGGAUUUCUUCAAAUUCGGGAUUGCCGAUUGCUAUGCCCGAGGAUAAGGAUAGUGAGGAUGAGAUGCAGAGGUAG